AUGCCGCCUCUUCAACGUCUCAUAGAGAAACGCUUUGCAUUUUGGCUGCUCCAUCUAUCUAUCUAUCUAUCUAUCUAUCUAUCUCAGUCUCUUGAUUCUAUCUAUCUAUCUAUCUAUCUAUCUAUCUAUCUAUCUAUUCUAUCUAUCUAUCUCAGUCUCUUGAUUCUAUCUAUCUAUCUAUCUAUCUAUCUCAGUCUCUUGAUUCUAUCUAUCUAUCUAUCUAUCUAUCUCAGUCUCUUGAUUCUAUCUAUCUAUCUAUCUAUCUAUCUAUCUCAGUCUCUUGAUUCUAUCUAUCUAUCUAUCUAUCUAUCUAUCAUAGUUGGUCCAUCAAUCUAUUUACAUAUCUUUUAUAGUUGGUUCAUCAAUCUAGCUAUCAUACCGAUCUAUCUAUCUAUCUAUCUAUCUAUCUAUCUAUCUCAUAGAUGGUCGAUGUAUCUAUCUCUCACAGUUGGCUCAUCUAUCUAUUAUUGUUGGCCCAUCUAUCAUAUUUGGUACAUCUAUCUGAGUUGGUCCAUCUCUCUCUGUCAGUUGGUAAUAUCUAUCAUGGUUGUUCAAUCUAUCAUAGUUGGUCAACACAAAGAUCCCAAAUAUUUCGUCAAGCUAUCUAUCAUAGCUGUCCAGUUGGCCAAUCUAUCUACCGUAUUUGGCCCAUCUAUCUCUCAUAGUUGGCCUAUCUAUCUAUCUAUCUAUCUGGCCCAUCUAUCCAUCAACCUAUUAUAG